UUCAAGAGAAGAACAUAUCAAAGUUCAGUUUUGAAUUCUUCGUCCUACAAACAAAAUCAGCACAGAACUUCCCACCAGUCACAGUAAAGGAUGUUGGUGUUUGCCAUCAUUUCUGUGGUGUGCAUGCUGGCCAGUCCGUCCCUGGCCGGCAUUAAAGAGCUCAGUUCCCACUUCAAUGACCCAAAUCCAAACCCUAGAGGCUUAGAGCCAGGUAGUCCAGUGGAUGUCGAGGCCAUUCCUUUGGACUUCCACAAAGAAAAUACCGUCACCAAUGACCUCGUUUUUGACGGCUUUGAGGAUGAAGAUUAUAUUGACUUUGAUAAGAUCCUGGCCGCAGGAAGUGAUGAUUACAUUGAGGGGGAUGAGAUCGACGAGAUAGCCACACCGGCCCCAGAUAUCGACAUCUUUGCCGAGUCGUCCGACCCGAAGAUUCGCCGAGCCAGACUUCUACGGCUCUUCCAUGGUCAUUCUCGCCUUCAGCGCCUCAACAUGGUGAACGCCCGUUUUGGCUUUAAUCUCUACAGAAGUAUCCGUAACGACGUCAACCAGACUGACAACAUCCUGCUGGCACCUGCUGGGAUCUCCAUUGCCAUGGGGAUGAUGUCUUUAGGUGCUGGAUCUGAAACUCACCAUCAGAUCUACAAAGCCUUGGGAUUCGCAGAGUUUGUCAAUGCUAGUCAUCACUACGACAACACAACAGUCCAUAAGCUGUUCAGGAAGUUGACACACAGGCUUUUCAGGAGGAACUUUGGCUACACGCUCCGGUCUGUCAAUGACGUCUACCUUAAAAAAAACGUGUCAGUAAAAGAAACCUUCCGCACCGAAACGAAGGCCUAUUAUUUUGCUGAGCCACAGUCAGUAGACUUCAGAGAGCCAGCAUUCCUGAACAAGGCCAACCACCGCAUUGAAAAACUAACCAAAGGGUUGAUCAAGGAACCGCUGAAGAGUGUGGAUCCAAAUAUGGUGCUGAUGCUACUUAACUACCUGUACUUCAAAGGGACGUGGGAGCAGAAAUUCCCGAAAGAAAUGACUUACUACCGAAACUUUAGAGUUAAUGACAAAACAAACGUACGCGUGCCAAUGAUGAUGAACAAGGGGAAUUACCUGGCUGCUGCCGACCAUGAGCUGGAGUGUGACAUUCUGCAGCUUCCAUACACAGGAAACAUCAGCAUGCUCAUUGCUUUGCCAAGGAAGAUCACUGGCAUGAGGACACUGGAGCAGCAGAUUUCACCAACUGUUGUCAACAAGUGGCUCAAGAACAUGACAAACAGGACUCGUGAGGUCUCGUUACCUCGCUUCAAACUGGAGCAAAACUAUGACCUGAUUGAAAAUCUGAAGGAGAUGGGGCUCACUGACAUUUUCAAGGAGAGUGGAGAUUUCAGCGGAAUGACUUCAGAAAAAGUUGCCUUGAACUGGCUGAAGCACCAGGGAACAAUCACCGUGAACGAGGAGGGAACAGAAGCUGCUGCCCUGACUCAAGUGGGGUUCAUGCCGCUCUCCUCUCAGAUUCGCUUCACAGUGGAUCAUCCGUUCCUGUUCCUGAUCUACGAGCACCGCACAGACUGCCUCGUGUUCAUUGGCCGGGUGGUAAACCCCUCACAGAACUGAUCAUCUAAACAAUUUGAAACAACUUCUCAGGAGUCUCUUUUCUUUUUUUAAAACAAUUUAGACUCAGAAUGAACACUCAAACUUCUUCAAAUUGCUCAAAGUACGAAGUUUGUUUGAUUGGCUCACUGAACGCUUGUUAUCUGUCUGUUAAUGUUUUAUAAUUUACAGGGCGGGUGGAGAAGUGCAGACAUUAUUACGUCACUGUAGAUACUCUAAUGCUGUACCAUGGUGAUUUCAAACAAAAUGUCAAAACACCACAGAUGGUGAGAUAAUAAAAUACAUGAAACCAAAUCAGAAAAGUGAAAAAAAUUUGUUUUUGUUAAAAUUCUUCUUAAAAGAAGAAAACUGUCUAAAUUUGGUUUAAUAAGUUACUUUGAACUAAGAUAUAAACAUAUUUAGUCGAUCAGUUUUUAAUACAAAAACACAAAGAACGCAUCAGAUUGAAUUUUAGUGUCACAAAGUCCUUACAGAACUUUAAUAUUGCAUCCAGUCUCAACAAUUUGUGUACAUAAUUCCCAAAAUAUCAAUGUUUUUAUUACAUGGGCAGAGGCUACUCUGCUCAAAAUAUGUUUGCCUCAGUCUUACUUAAGAAAUUAUCUUCUACAUGAUUGUUUUUUUAAUUUUUUCCUUUUUAGAAAUUCAUAAAGCUUAAAAAUACCCAUUUAGUCAUAAAUCUUAACUGUUUUUUGACACCAUGACUUUAAAACAUUUGCAGUCAUGAGAUUUAAUUUGUCAUUUAUUGUUUUUGAUUUUCCCAAAAUAAAAGUAAAACAUUUUUACUUUGGGAAUUAAGUUAAGAGAAUUUGAAUACCAACCAUCUCAGAGCACUUACUUACCACAGCUAUGACUGGAAUAAGAACUCCAAGGUUUCCAGCACUACUAGAUGCCUAUGGAGAGAAAAAAUAACUAACAUAAAAAAGCAAUGUGUAUUUUCCUUUUGUGUUUGGAUGCUGAACACACCUUCAGUGCUGUUCCCUUGUCAGAGGCCCUUUCACUUGCUCUUUUUCCUUCCAGUCCCAGCUGGACAAAAAGCUCUAAAAGGUUCACCAGCAGCUCAUCCACCAGUUGCUCCCCCUGCAGGUUGGCUGCGAUGUUUGCUAAAGCAUUGAUCACAGCUAGAGAGCAAUGCCUUGAAGGGAAAAAGGGUGGAUAGAUGAAAAAAUGCCUGAGAACAUGCUAAAGUCUACAUAAACAUAAAUUAUUUAGGGCUAAAAUUACAAACUGCCCCUUAGUUAAAAAUAUAAUGAAGUUAUACUUUCAAGUUUCUUGAGAGGCCAAAGGAGAAGUUUAAGGGCAAAUGAUAAACCUCCAACUUGAGAAUUUACAGAAAAAAAGCUUUUCCCUCAUUAAAAUCACAAUACAACUUAAUCUGAUUUUCAUUUUUUUUUUAAUAAAUACAUUUUCUUACACAAUACCUGAACUGAAAGACCUCUGCAUUGAGAGGACAAGUAGGUGGUGUAAAAUUAAAGUAUUUCAUAUAAAGAGAAGGACAAACAGUUCUCCUGUGAGAGACUAAAAACCUUGGAUGAUGGUAAAGCCUUGAAAUAUAAUCCUUGACAUUUUUGUGGAAAUUUCAUUUGGAGUACUUUACACUGAAAUGGGUCUGUUAUAGGUGACUGAGAAAUUUUUAGUAUCAAACACAUUGGUGAAUAAAAUCUGAUACUAAAAUAUUAGAAACAUCAUAAAAAUAUAUUUCUAUGAUGCAUCCUGACCUGUAACCAUGAUCUCUGUGGUCUUUGGUGGCUGAGUAAACCACAGAACUGGCUUUCACGCUGAUCUGCUGAAACAGAUUCCACACCUCCUGGUAGAUGUACGGCUAGAAGAAAAGAAGACGAGAGAUAACGUGCUAAUCAGUGAACUGCAGAUCUAUUUUAAACUCCUAAAUGUAGUUCAUCACAAUCAACACUGGCUGGUUGUCACAAGAUACCCUAUUAAAAACCAACUGAUGUGUCACAUAAAGGGUGAGUGAUUAGACAACACCCACCAGAUGCACAGGAAUAGCAAUACUCAAGUUCGCCUUAUGACAAUAUAUAAUCUUCCUCUUCUGCCACCAAAUGCACUUUCACAUGAAUCAAUCUAAACUUUUAUAUUCCCUCUAAUAAUAGAUUAAAUCUGGUGCAGAGUUGUGCAAUCACUUUGGACUCACAUUCCCUGUGAUGACCAUGCAGCCCAGUUGGUCUAUGAUGAGCACGUCCAGCUGGGACGGAGGCUGGCAGAACUUUUGUUGAAGAAUUUGUAGGAUGUGCUCCAUGACUUUAGGAGUGUCUCUGAGAGCGACUGCAAUAUGGCCCAGCGCUUUGAUGGUGUGCUCUGGAAUUAGAUGAGCAUCCCUGAGAGAGGUAGAAGUUAUAUUUUUAAAACCAUUCCUCUGAGUCACCUUUAUUUGAAUGUAUUCUGGGUGACUAAACCAGAUUUCCUAAACUUUCUGCUAGAAAUGCAACUCACUUAUCCUUCUCUUGUGAAAUGUACAGACGGUUGGAGAGACUUGCUAGAAAGGCCUCUACGAUCACGUUGUCCAUUUUCAAACCGGCUUGCAGACAUCUGAGGGAGAAGAACAGAGUGAACACUGACAAUAAACCUCAGAAGUUCAACUCUCA